AUGGCGACUUGGACUCAUCUUAAUCGCUUCCAAAGCCACAACAACGUAUACUAUGGCGAUGCCAUCUUCCCCAAAGGGAGCGAUCCGACUGACGUAGUGUCAAUUGCAGCAGCGGGAAAGCUACACGCCCAUAUCAUCGAAGGCGAUGGGAACCCCAUUUCGAUAACAUCACCUGGAGUGAAGGGCACGGGCAAAAUUGCACCGGUUGAAAAGGUUUUGAGCCCCAUCAUAAGAGAACAAGUGCCCAUAAUUCGCUGUAUUGGCCUGAAUGAUAUGAAGCAUAUUCAGGAGGGUGGUCGCACUCCGCCGCCAUACCCUUCCCUUUUCAUCAGACCUUCCACAUCAUUGGCGUCUUUUGACGCUGAAAUUCCCAUUCCCAAGAUUGCCCAAAAGACAUUGGAUUAUGAAGGCGAAUUGACAAUUGUCAUCGGUCGACCAGCGCGACGUAACUGA